GUUUUUCCUUUUUCUUGUUGCAAUUUUACCUAGCUUGAUCCUCUUCACCAAACUUGUUCAUGCACACAAAGUUCCAAAGAGGGCAAUAAAUCCGUGAAAAUAGUAGGAAAUAAUAAAUUUCCUUUUUCAAAAAUCAAAACACAAAACCGGCCCAAAAACUCCCGUGUCCCUCAUUCAAAAUAAAGCUCCUGCACUGCACACUGUAGUUAUCAAGCUCUGACAUUAACAGGCGUCGCUGUCCGGUCGAUACAAAGGUGGCCUGGAAACGAGUAGGACAGGUUUGGAAAAGAAGAGGAGGUUCUGGUGUGUGUCUUGGACUAUUUGGUUUUGGUCAAAGGAGUUUUGUGAUAAGCAAAUUAUAAUUUGAAAACAGCAAAGAUAUUCUCUGCACACCAUUAAAAAAAAAAAAACAGAAAAAAAAAAAACUUUGCUGGCCAAAACAGAAUUCCCAGGAGGCUACCUGAAACUAAUUGAUCUAAGUCUUGAGGGUCUGUUAGCAAGAAGAAAUAGGUGUGUUCAGUGUGCAAACGUUUGAAGGUUCUUGCAAUACAUACAUUUGAUUCGUUCCACAAGCUUGUUAGUUUUGAAAUUUCGCGAAAUGGCGACCUCGGCGUUCAAAUCGACGACGAAGCGGAUGCCGACCGGGAGCUCUCCGGCUCCGGCGGAGGACUCGGCUUCGGUUAAUCGGUCUCACCGGCGCUCGCGCAGCCUCAGCUGCUUCUCGCGCGGGCUAACGGAGCCGCCUGCCGAGGAGUUUGAAGUCAAUCCGACUCCCAGGAGGAAGUUUGUGAACACGGUCAGGGGCUCGGGGUUCCCGGAGAUUAGUCUUGAUGACCUGGCGAUUGAGCUGUUUGAUUCUGGCUCGGAUGAUAGAGGAAGACGCUCGGCGUUGCGGAGUUCCGAAACUACCCCUGCCCAGAGGCGGGGGAGGUCGGUGUCGAGGCAUGGCCCGAGGGUGAGCAGCGGCGGCGGUGAGACGAGGGGCCGUGCUGGUAAUAGCUCAGGUGGAGGGAGGGUAGUUUCGGAAAGUAAGACAAAUUCGAGGCAAAGGCGAUCAGUUUCUGUUGCUCGGUAUCAGAUGAGCGAUUCAGAGAGUGAUCUCGAUCAUACUCAUAAUCGUAGCACUGCUAAGUCGAAAAACUUCACUAGUGGAAACAACCACAUGCCCUUGUCCCGUAAGUCAUUGGAUUCAAAUUAUAGGCCAGGAUUAAGAAGGUCUCUUAGCCAAAAAGAUCUGAAGUGCCAUGAUGGUUACUCCAGCCAGUCUUCUGUCCUAACUGAUGAUGAGGGGAAGGAUGCUUAUAUCUAUAAAAAUGGGGCUGAGAAGACUAUACGAGCUGUAUAUUCAGAGAAGAAGGCAGAGCACCCUGCUGGUAAUGAUAUGAAAAGUGGAUUAUAUGAAGUAAUGCGAAAAGAACUUAGACAUGCUGUGGAAGAGAUUAGGACGGAACUUGAACAGGAAAAGGGCAAAACUAAAUAUACUGUUCCAGCACCUGGUGAUUCCUUGCGUUCUAACGGUUCAGAUGUAGUUCAGGCUGUUUCUUCGAUCAGGAAGAAUUAUUCUUCCAAAUUGGAACGGUCAGAAAAGCGUAAACAAGAUUUAUUAGCGGAAAUAGUGCUGGAGGAACAACACAGUAGGGAACUCUCAAAGAUUGUAAAAGAAUUGCUUCCUGAGCCAAAGAAAAUUGUCAGUCCAGACAGACCGUCACGAACUAGAAGGAGGAGCAAUGACAAAGGUAGGGUGUCUAAGCGACUGACUGAGGAAGCAGAGAGAUAUAUUGAGGACUUCAUUUCAAAUGUUGAAGACACAGAUAUAUCAUCACUUGAUGGUGAAAGGAGUGAUACAAAUUCCAGCUUAGGAGGAAUAAUGAAGGGCGAAACUUUUCAGAGUCCAGCCAUGUCAACUCCUCCUCCUCCUGUUUUCAUGGAUGGCGUUGUACUGCCUUGGGUGCGGUGGGAGACUAGUAAUGAUGGUACUCCUAUGGGGUGCAGGAAUAAGACUGAACCACCAAUGACCCCACAAUCUUUUUCAUGGGGUGCUUCUCAGGAAGUGACCAAUGCGCAAGACCAUAGUCAGUCUGCUAGUAGCCGUGGGAGUUGGAGCCCUGGAAUAAUCGAUUCCCUGCCAUUUAACAUCAUGGAAAAUGCAUCCAGUAAAAUUGAAGAAUCUGGUAAUUACCAGCGCCAAUCAUACCCGGGCGGGUCAAAUCCUUCACGCUUUGACAUGGAAAAGUAUCUCCAGCUUAAAAACAAUGAAGAUUUUCUCUUAGAAACACUGAAGCAACAGCGCAGAAUUGGUUCUGGGGGCCUCCUGCUUUGUAAUAGAAUGUUGAUUUAGCUAUAAUUAGUUAUUUGUAAGACUGCAACCGUAAACUACAUCGAUAUCAUUGUAUAUUUUCUCCAUCUAUCAAGCUUUGUAGGUAUCCAUUGACAAUA